AUCAGCUGGCAGGCUGUUGAUGAACGCGACGAAGCUGGAUUGAGUGAGGAUGAGACUACGGAUGAUGAUGUCCUGGAUAUCGAUGAGGAAGGCGAUGAGGAAGUCGAUGAUGAGGAACAGCCUGCCAGUGCAGUAGUCAUUGCUGAGGAGGGUCGCGGUGUCAUCGUAACUGGAGAUGACGUUCCCAUCGUCCGGUUGCAGGUGAAGCCUGGCACGACACAUCUAUUGAUCGGGUCAUCCCCUACGCCGAACGCGGUUCCAUCGUUCCUAACUGGCACACUUCCCCAGAUUGCUGAUACCCUCCUCGCUCUUGAUAUCUCAGCGAAUUUUCUUGUUGCGCUCCCGCCAGCUCUUGCUGCGUGUACCAACCUCGAGGAGUUGAACAUCGCGUCGAAUCCAGUCCGCGCACUCCCCGAAUUCCUUGCUGGAUUGACGGCAUUGCGUCUCCUCAUCGUGGACUCGACAGGUAUCAACACACUCCCUGAAUCACUGUGUGCUCUCGAGAAGUUGCACACGCUCAGCAUCAGGCGAAACAAAUUCAACUCCCUUCCUAGCUGGCUUUGCCUCUUGCCCUCACUUGAGACGCUACUCAUUGACGGUAAUCCGUUCCAGGGGCCGUGGAAGGCCCUAAUGGAGCCACUGCUG